AUGCGUGUUUUAAGUAUUGCCUUGACUCUCUGUUUGGCUGCUGUGUCAGCCUCGCCUCAAGGGAGAAUCGCCGGAGGAGCAGUUACUACAAUCAACGAAUACCCAUACGUUGCUUCAGCAUUAUACUCAAGAAACAACGUAGCCUGGAUUCAGUCCUGUACUGGAGCAAUCAUAAAUAAUAGAGCUAUCCUCUCCAGUGCUUCUUGCUACGUAGGUGAUCCAGUGAGCCGUUGGAGGAUUCGUGUGGGGUCUUCCAAUGCUAACAGUGGUGGUAUUGUACACAACGUCUUUUCGAUCGUACUCAAUGCUGGCUAUAAUGCAGUAACAAGAGACAACGAUAUCGCUAUCGUCCGAUCCAGUACUGUGUUCACCUUUACGACCUCUGUUAGGCCUGCCUCGAUCGCUGGUGCUAACUAUAUUGUACCUGACUACUCUCCUGUAUGGGCUCUUGGUUGGGGACGUAUUGGGCAAAAUGCCGGACCUUCUGAGCAGCUUCGUCGCGUUCAAGUCUGGACAGUAAAUGACAUCACAUGCAGAAACGCAUACCGACCUUUGGGCUUUACAGUGACCAACAACAUGAUCUGCAGUGGUUGGUUAAACACCGGUGGCCGAGGACAAUGCGAGGGAGACAAUGGUGGCCCUUUGAUUUAUAACAAUCUCCUGGUCGGAAUCUACACAUGGGGACAAGAAUGCGGAAGCAGUAGAUACCCUGAUGUCAACACUAAAGUAUCACGUUAUACCCAAUGGAUUACAAACAAUGCUUAA